UAUGUCAUGUUAUCAUUUCUGCUCGAUUCCGAAAUUCAGAGGCACAGCACAAGUCCGAAGUUCAAACAGUUAUAAAUUUCAUCUCGUUAUGGUGCUCUCGUGUUGCUUCUAUUACAUCUUUUAGUGGUGGAGUCAUUUUUUUGUCUUUGAAUAAUCCUAGAAUUGGUCUAUCAAUGUGUGUAUUUUAUUGUGGUCAGUUGGUUAUUCAAUUAUCAGUUGAUGCAUAGUAAAUGCCAACUGCCAAGUGUUAGUCAAUAACGGAGAUUGAUUAAUUUAAGCAUUAAUCCUCUAGAGAAUGAGCCUGUCUGUAAAAGAGAUGUCUGGAAUUUUAAAUGUUUUAUCUAAUCAUUCCAGUUCAGUUGCUUCAGUCCUGGAUCAAAUAUCAUUUUUCAUGGUAUACCCAUGGGCAACAGCUUUAAGCAAAAUUGUAGCUUAUUACUUUUUUCCAGAGUCCUGUGGCUGGUGGAAUAACUUCAAAGAACAAUUUUUUUAUGGCCCUCUUCUUUGCAUUUUCUUUCUUGGGCUUUUUCCAGUUGGAAUAUCAGGCUUUAUUCUGUGGGUAUUUGUUUGUUGUUUCUUCCCACGGAAAAAGUACUCAUAUUUGGAAUUGUGUCCAAAACGAAGUCAUACAAGCAAUGAAACAAGUAAAAACGUGUUUACUUUGGCCACUUGUAAUGUUUUGUUGGCAAAUGAAACCUUUUCUAGAUGGAAUAAUAAUGGAAAUCCCAUGGCUAGGUCAAAAUUAAUAGGAAAGAGACUGCUGCAACAAACGCCAUAUUUUCUGCAAAAUUUCCUUCUUUCUAAUUUAUCAAAAAAAGAUACCGUCACAAAUUCCCUUCCGGACGUAGACAUUUUAUGUAUACAAGAAGUGUGGGAAAGAUAUUGGGCUGCGACCAUGAUUGACCAGUUGGGAUCAAAAUACAGCUAUUUCAUUCAUGAUGUUGGAGAUCAUCGUCCGAAAUCUAAUUACUGUUUAUUCGGCAGUGGUUUAUUCGUCGCCUGCAAGUACCCCAUUAUUGCUGUAAAAUUCCAACCAUUUCAGUAUCGUACUCAUUAUGCCAAGUUCUUCUCAUACGGAGUCCUUUGCUUGAAGAUACAAAUCAGUAAAGAUCGAGUAGCGUAUGUCGCUAAUUUGCAUGGUCAAGCCUACCAGGGAAAAGACGCUGUUCUAUACAACCAGCUAAGCGAGUCUCUAUCCGCAAUCAAUGCUUUCAGACUCCAGACUCGACUUCCUGAAGAUAACGUCGUUUUUGAUGCUAUUUGUGGUGAUUUUAAUUUUGAUAAUUUGUCCCCAGGCGAUACAGCUACACAAAACCAUCCACUAUUUAACCAGUACAUCGAUAUCUGUUCAAAAAGGACAGGGGAAGAUCACAGUUGGACGGUGGGAACCGAAUUGCGGCAACUGAGGAUGCACGAAGCAACCGUUUCAACCCCUGAUAAAUUGCGCGAUGUUUUAGUUGACGAUUUAAAGCGUCGGCAAUACGUCCUUGAUGCUGAUGUCUUGGAGCAUACCACAGCUCUUGCAUCAAUUGAUCCCGCACCAAAUGGAAAUGGAGAGGUUGUAGCUGAAACGUGGGGAGGCAAGCGGCGGAUUGAUCGAAUUCUCAUAAGGAAAGACUCCCCAGCUCAAGUGAUAGGUUAUGCCUUUAGUUCCGUUCUGGCAGGGUUGACUGAUCACAUUCCAGUGGCUCUGAGUCUCAAGUUAACUAAUGAUUCUUAGGCCUAAAAGUAGUAGAAAUAAAGGACUGAUUGGUUCCUUCAGUGCAUUGUGUCCUGCUCGUGUUAGCUCAUGUUAAACAAAUUAGUGCAAAAUUGCAUGAUUGUUAGAAUAAUAUAUAUGUGUAUGCAAAUAUAUAUAUCAUGUUAUACAAUAAAAAUAUAUCUAAAAUUAUCAUUGAAUAAA